AUGGAUGGCUUGGCAGGAUCAGGGGUUCCAAAAUUCGAUCCCAGUGACACAUCUACCGUGUCAAGUCGCUGGAAGAAAUGGAAGCGGUCGUUUGAAAUCUUUCUCGAAGUCAAUAAUGUUACUGUCGCAGCCAGAAAAAGGUCGUACUUACUGCACUACGCAGGAACUGAAGUGCAGGACAUUUACUUCAAUCUAAAAGGAGAUGCAGAUUUAGUAGUUCCAGAUGGGUCCGAUGUUUACAAAGCGGCAGUGAAGCUAUUGGAUGAUUACUUUUUACCAUUGAAAUGUUUGCCUCGCGAACGGCACAUUUUCAGAAAUUUGGAACAAGCACCAGACGAGUCUAUUGAAAAAUUUACUCUACGCUUGCAAGAGCAGGGUCAACUUUGCGAAUAUGGCGAGUGGCUAGAAGUAGCCAUCCAGGAACAGAUAUUUGAAAAAGGUUUUUCAGACGAGAUGCGGGCCAAAAUCUUGACUAAAGGCGACAUGACUCUAGCACAGACGGUGGAGUUAGGCCGUUCACUAGAAACUAUUGCGAAACACAAGAAGAAUCUUCAGAAAUGCGAGGAAGUCCGUCGAGUUUCCACCAGUGCACGCGGAGAGUGCUUUCGUUGCGGCAGAAGUGGCCACUACGCCAACGACGAAGAUUGUCCUGCCAGAGACAAGAGAUGUGAAAAGUGUCAUCUAGUGGGACAUUUCAAAAGGUGUUGUAAAACCAAACCGAAGGAACAUGCUGCGCGAAAAGGCUCACGACUGUUACAGCAGCCGAAAGGUAAAGUUAGACAAAUCAACAGUGAUGAUUCUACCUGCGACGAACUUGCGGAAGGUUCUAAUGACGAUGAUGGUGAAAGCAUAAAUUAUAUCUUUGCUACUAACCCCGAUACAAACGAUACAGUAACUUGUAAAGUUAGGUGUGUGAAACUGGAUUGGCUUGUGGAUUCGGGAGCCAGCGUGAAUGUAAUAAGUGAAGCAGCAUGGGAAUAUUUAAAAUCGCAUAAGGUUAAGGUCGAACGACAGACCCGUCAGGUAUCGAAGAAGCUUUUGACGUAUGGUAACCAUUGUUUGACGGUGAAAGGUAUGUUUACCGCCACGAUAUCGACCAAGGAAACAUUAAUCAAUGAUCAAGUAUACGUAGUCAAGGAAAAUGGUGCGAACUUGCUGGGACGCAAGGCAGCAACUGGACUGAAUAUCUUGAAGAUCGACACGUCGAUUUGUUCUAUUCGACAUCAUGAAGCGGCGAUUGGGAAGGUGAAAGGGGUAUUGGUUGCCAUCGAAAUUGAUCCAAAGAUAAAUCCGAUUCAGCAUACGCAAUGCAGAAUUCCAAUACCACUUCAAUCAAAAGUAGAACAAGAGAUACAAAAACUGCUGCGCCAAGACAUAAUUGAACCUGCUCCACUUGACUCGCCAUGGAUCUCAAGACUUGUUGUUAGACCGAAGGCAGGUAACAAAGACGAAGUGAGGCUUUGUGUGGAUAUGCGGGAUGCAAAUAGGGCGAUCGUACCUCAGCAUCAUCCGUUGCCGAUAUUCGACAAUAUAAUUCCGCAUCUGAACAACUGCAAAAUCUUUUCAAAGAUUGACCUCAACAAAGCAUUCCACCAGGUCGAGAUGACAGAAAGCUCCAGAGCAAUAACGACCUUCGCGACUCAUAAUGGUUAUUUCCGUUACAAGCGCUUGAAUUUUGGCAUGUGUUGCGCAUCGGAAAUUUUCCAAAGUGUAAUCGACCGAAUUUUGAUUGGAAUUCCCAGAGUGAAAGUAUUUAUUGAUGAUAUCUUAAUUUUUGGAUCUACUAUGAAAGAACAUGAUCGAACACUGACCGCAGUACUGAAUCGGUUGAAGGAAAAUGGAUUGACUAUCAAUGAAAGCAAGUGCAAAUAUAGACGGGAUCAAGUCAAAUUUAUGGGGCACCAACUGACUGCCGAAGGAAUCAGUCCAGCCGACGAUAAGCUGCUACACAACAAUGUUCGUUUCAACUGGAAACCGAAUCACUCUGCUGCUUUUGAACGAAUUAAAAGAGAACUGGCCGAUCCUCGCAAUCUGGGGUAUUAUUCGCCAGAUGACGAAACAAUUUUAAUAACGGACGCCAGUCCAGUUGGACUCGGUGCAGUACUGCUGCAGGAACGUGCAGGAAAGAAACGAGUGAUAUGCUACAUUAGUAAAGGUUUGUCCACUGCGGAAAAAGCGUACGCUCAAAAUGAACGAGAGGCGCUGGCACUAGUGUGGGCUACAGAGAAACUGGAAGCAUAUUUGAGAGGGUUGGAAUUUUUGUUAGUCACCGAUCACGAGCCUCUAAAAGUCAUAUUUGGAUCAAAACGAAAGCAAUGUUCGCGCAUAGAGCGGUGGGCAUUGAGAUUGCAGUCGUUCAGGUACAAGAUUGUCCACGUUUCCGGAAAAGCAAACAUCGCAAAUCCAUUAUCACGAUUGCUGAGCUUUAUGGAGUGCACCACCUACGAUACGUAUGGGGAAGAAAUGCUGCUUCUUGUCCGCGAUGCUGCGAAACCUACUGCACUCGACAUGCCGGAAUUGCUGGAACACACUCUGAAUGAUACAGAAUUGGCAUCGAUAAAGGAAGCAUUGAACAUCGGUCGUUGGAGCGAAAAAUUGAAGGCUUAUCUUCCAUUCAAAGAUGAGCUUACGGUAGUUGGUGACAUCAUUAUGAGAGGUGAAAGAAUUGUCAUUCCGAUAAGUUUGCGUCAACGUGUAUUGAAGCUGGCGCACAUUGGCCAUCCUGGCAUUGAAAGGACGAAACAGCGGUUGCGAGCCAAGGUCUGGUGGCCACACAUCGACAAAGAUACAGAAAAAUCAGUUAAAACUUGCCUUGAUUGCCAAGUGAGGUCAACGGCACUGACUGGAAGGACGAUCUACAAGAAGCAAACUAUGUCUAUUCAAUCAUACAACAUCCAGCUACUGGUCGUACCCCAGCUGAAUUAG